UGGCUGGAGCGUUCACGCUCCGAGUGUGGCUCGUGGUCGCAUCUGGGCCUUUUCAAAUCGGCGCCGGGCUAACGGAAAGAUUUUCUAUUUUGUACAUUGUUUUGUAUAUACUGUAUAUGAUGUCUUCAGUGGGCAAUGACCGAUCUCGUGGCACUCGGGACAAGAUACAGACUCAGACAUGCGCACAGAUACAGAAACCAGUACAGGCUACAGCAGAACAAAUUCGACUUGCCCAAAUGAUCUAUGAUAAGAAUGAUGCAGACUUUGAAGAGAAAGUGAAGCAAUUAAUGGAAGUCACUGGAAAGAACCCAGAUGAAAGCAUAGUUGCACUUCAUGACUGCAAUGGUGAUGUAAACAAAGCAAUCAACGUACUGCUGGAAGGAAAUUCAGAUACGACUUCAUGGGAGACUGUAGGCAAAAAGAAAAGUCUUGGAACUGGUAAAGAUGGCCUUCUAGAAAAUAAAGAAAACCGAGAGAAGCGUGGAGAUAAAGCAAUUCGGGGUCGUGCAGCCUCUUCUAGACGAGGGAGAGGAAGUCAAGGCAGGGAUUACAGAGUUGAGGAAAAUGGAGUGGAUGUUAGUCCAAGUGAUAAAUUUGCAGAGCGAGGCAGGCGUGGCCGUGGCAGAGGAUUUCGUGGACGUAAUAGAGGUAGGGGAGCAGGAAGAUUUUCAGCACAAGGUAUGGGAACCUUUAACCCCAUAGACUAUGCAGAUUCUGCAACAAAUAAUGGUUUUGGAACAACAUCUGAAAUUUGGGAGGCGAGUCAAAAUAAUGGAACAGGUGCUUGGCAGAAUUCCAUGGAGGACUGGGUUACUGAAGACUGGAAUGAAGAUCAGCUGACAGAAACAAAGGUCUUUACAGCUUCCACUCUUGCAAGAAUGGAGAACCAAGUCACUCCAGGGUUGAGCACUGAUCUAGCAACAUUGCUUCAAAAACCCUCAACUGAUACUGUAACAGAAACCAACUCGUGUGAAGCACCCCAACAGGCAAACCUCACUCAGUCACUGGUGUUCACUAAUUCCCAACAUGAUGAUCCAAUUUCAUCGGUGGAAGGCAACUCCAAUGCUGUGAAUUCCUACACUCAGAACCUGUCUCCUGGGUUUGUGGAACUUUCAGCUACAAAUAUCCCCAAUUCUUCAGCUUCGCAAUUACUUGAGCAGUUGAAUUCAUCUAGUUUGGUAGAGAUUUCUGAACAGGCCAGGAAAACAAGUAACAACACUUCUUGGGAAGACCAAUCAACUUCACAGACAACAGUCCUGAGCCAGUUUGAUUUCAAGACCCAGCCUGAGCCUUCACCUGUUUUGAGCCAGAUGACUCAACGGCAACAGCAGACCUCUGAACCAGUAUUAAAUACCUAUUCCUCUCAGAUCAAGUUAAGAGAAUUGACUCCUGUUGACAGCACUGCUGUUAAAAUUAUACAACUGCUACCUAUCUCCACAGACAAUCAAAUAACCAAUGUUCAACAUAUACAGCAAAAACAACUUAAAACACAGAAGAGGAAGAUACCAACAUCUUCUAAAAUUCCUGCAUCUGCUGUUGAAAUGCCAGGAUCAGUUAAUGUCUCUGAGUUGAAUGUUCAGUUUGGAGCCUUAGAGUUUGGAUCAGAGCCAUCUCUGUCUGAAUUUGGAACAGGAAGCAAGGAAACCAUCAAUCAGGCUCAAAACCACUUGUUCUCAAAUUCUGUAAGUGAUUCGAUGUCACAGUUUUUGUCGAUAUCGAGUGCGGUUCAAGAAUCAACCGAUCCAUCUUCCAUCAGCUCUUGCAGCUCAACAAUUGCUCAGGUUACUUCAGUGACUUCAACAGUUGAUCAGAGUUCAGUGCAUGGAAUACCUUAUCAGAACUCCCUUGGUGCACCUCAAAAGGAAGCUUCCUCACAGAUUGGUCUUGGAACACAACAGGCACUCGAAGCUACAAUUUGUCCCAAUGUGAAAUCCGCUGAAUCUCCAUCUUUGUCAAGUGUGAAUUCACUAUCUACCGGAGUGUCCACUGCUUCUCUUCUGCCUACAGUAUCGCAAUAUUCUGCUAGCUUGUCCAGUUUGAACCAGACCAUCGAAUUGCCCAGCAGCUCCAUUUCGCAACUUAGCACUUCCUUGCCAAGCCACCAAAGCAGCAGCCUUACUCCUGCCUCUUCACUAACUACAAGCUCACCCAAUGCACAUGCAAAUAUUGACAGCAGCUUACAGACUUCUGAAACUUUCUCCACUGCUUUGACAUUUACCACAGCCACCACCUCAGCAGUCAGUGCCUCCAGCAAUCUAAACACUACAAACAGCCUUGGACUGAGUGCAGCGAGUGUAUCCAUGCCAACUGCUACUACACGAGCAGUUCCCUCUGUUUCUUCAGGGAAGGCUCCACCAAAUCUUCCUCCAGGUGUGCCUCCUAUUUUACACAAUCAGUACAUUGUUGGACCAGGGGGACUACUGCCUGCAUAUCCAAUCUAUGGGUAUGAUGAUCUUCAGGUACUUCAAUCCAGGCUACCUCUGGAUUACUAUGGAAUGGCAUUUCCUGCACCAGCUGCAGCACUUGCUGGCAGAGAUGGAAGUCUUGCAAGCAACCCUUAUUCAGGCGAUCUAGCAAAGUUUGGCAGGGGUGACUCAGCUUCACCUGCACCAGCAACCACUCUUUCCCAACCUCAGCAAAAUCAGGCUCAUCACACCACUCAGCAAGCCUUCUUAAAUCCAGCUUUGCCACCAGGAUACAGUUACACAGGAUUGCCGUAUUAUGCUGGUAUGCCUGGUGUUCCAAAUACAUUCCAGUAUGGGCCUGCCAUGUUUUUACCUCCAGCAGCUGCAAAGCAUGGAGUGAAUAUGAAUACCGCUUCAGCUUUUCAACAGGCAGGUGGCUAUGGACAGCAUGGAUAUGGGACCGGUUAUGAGGAUUUAAACCAAGGGGGUGGAGCUGGAGAUUACAGCAAAGGUGCCUAUAGUGGGUCUACUCAAGCACAAACCAAAUCAGCUGCAGCUGGACCAGGGAAAGGUAUUUCAGUGAACUCUUCUAAUAUUGUUCCUGAUAUGAGUGGCUCAGUAUACAAGACUCAGUCUUUUGACAAACAGGGAUUUCAUGCUGGUACGCCACCUCCAUUCAAUCUGCCAUCAGCACUUGGAGCAACAGGUACCUUAAACCCUGGUGCAGCUGCAGGGUAUGCUCCACCGUUUUUGCACAUUGUGUCAGCUCACCAGCAGCCUCACUCUCAAAUGCUACAUCAUCACCUGCAACAGGAUAAUCAGGGUGGAUCUGGACAACGCAAUCAGCAGAACAGCAUACCACAGAAGUCUCAGGUUAACAAACCCAACUAUGGCAACUCCCCGUACUGGGGUAACUAAACUGCAAGUUAUUGCCCCCUUCUAAAAAGAGGGAAGAAAACUAGUUGGCCAAAUGUCUGUGUUGUGGGGGGAGCUGAAAUCUUAACGUACCUUAAAUGUGACAGUUGCCUGCUUUUGAUUUGCUGUUGUAUGUAAUAUAUUUAUGUAUGUAUUUGUAUAUGUAAUAGAGCCUAGAUGUGGUUUCUGCACUUGAAGCCUUUCUUCAUGGGGGAAGAUUAAUAAACAUUCAAUAACAAUGUAUAUUUGUUUGAGCUCUGUGGGCUUUCUAAAUGGACAGUGUUUUCCAGUAUUGAAAAUGGGUUUUCCUUGUUUUAAUUAAGUUUAUGAAGAAUUCCAUGAAGGGGUGGGGGAAUAGCAGUUUAGAAAUCCAGAUUCUGUGCAUAAUGUUUUUUAGACCUAUCCUUUAAAUUUGUAUUGAUCAAACUUGGACUACCUUAAUUUUAAGUUUGCCACCAGAUUCUGUGGAUGAUUUUCAAACAUCUGUUUGGAAACAGUUGUUUUUUUAAAAGAAAUCAUUGUCCUUCUAAGAACUGUAUUUAUCUUUGGUAUUUAUUUAAUAUUUCAAUGCACAGGCUCCAAUAUGUCAAAUUAUGUACAUUUAUUUGGUAUGUUUCCCUUCUUACCUACGUUAAGAGCUAGUAGUUUUGAAAAUCUUUGCUUCCACUAUAAAUGUCCCAUCCAGCAAUUCUCCUCUUAAUAUCAGGAGCCAAAGUGGUAAAUAUUUCAGUUGAAUUUCCUUUAAACCCAAAGAAAAUCUAAUAAAAGCUCUGAGCAAUUAAA